CCAUCACCGCCCUGUAUUCCGUGGUGUCGGUGCUGGGGCUGAUCGGCAACUUCCUGGUCAUGUACCUGAUAGUCAGAUACACCAAAAUGAAGACGGCCACUAAUAUUUACAUAUUCAACCUGGCUCUAGCGGACGCUUUGGCCACAAGCACCCUGCCCUUCCAGAGCGCCAAGUACCUGAUGGAAACCUGGCCGUUUGGGGAGCUGCUGUGCAAGACGGUGAUGUCCAUCGACUACUACAACAUGUUCACCAGCAUCUUCACGCUCACUAUGAUGAGCGUCGAUCGCUACAUUGCUGUCUGCCACCCCAUCAAGGCUCUGGAUUUCCGCACCCCCUUGAAAGCCAAGAUCAUCAACGUGUGCGUGUGGAUCCUUUCGUCUGCCGUUGGCGUCCCAGUCAUGGUUAUGGCGGUCACAAAGAACGAAGAACACGGUAAAGUGAGCUGCAUUCUCAAGUUCCCUGGGCCCACUCGGUACUGGAACAACGUCACCAAGAUCUGCGUCUUCAUCUUUGCCUUCGUGGUGCCCGUUCUGGUCAUCACCAUCUGCUACGGGCUGAUGAUCAUGCGGCUGAAGAGCGUGCGUCUCCUGUCGGGCUCAAAAGAGAAGGACCGCAACCUGCGGAGGAUCACCAGGAUGGUCCUGGUGGUGGUGGCCAUCUUCAUCAUCUGCUGGACCCCCAUCCACAUCUUCGUCAUCAUCAAGACCCUGGUGAAGAUCAAUCCCACUCCCCUGGUCACGGCCAGCUGGCAUUUCUGCAUCGCGCUGGGCUACACCAACAGCUGCCUGAACCCAGUGCUCUACGCUUUCCUGGACGAGAAUUUCAAGAGGUGCUUCAGGGAGUUCUGCCUGCCCCUGCGCUCCAGGCUGGAGCAGAACAGCUUCACCCGGGCCAAGAACGCCACGAGGGACUCCGUGUGUGCCUGCACCCCCUCCGAAAUGGUCAACAAUCCCGUAUGA